CUAGAGGUGCCAUGCUAUUCUCUACGGUAUCGGUAACCGAAUGUCGAAUGAGCAUUGGAUAGGAUAGCGCAACCAAAACAACAGCCUACGAGUUAUCUUGCUCAUCUAGUGUGGUAUUAUUUGGGUAUGACGACUGUAGGACGCAGAUCUGAACGCUAAAAAAAGGGCUGUUUCUCCUUCUUCGCGACAGAAUUCACAAGAAUGACACAUUCAGCAUCACAGUUUAUCGUGGUCAAAUCAUUACUUUGGGACGUAAUUCAUCAGUAUCGAUUUGGCGAUGUCAGACAGUGACGAGAAAGAGUCCAUGGCCCUCUCGGAGGAUGAGAGACAAUAUAUCCGUGCACUGCUCAAAUGGGAGCCUAGCCAUGCUCAAGGGUUUGCGAGAAGAAGAUCAUUAUCUCCCGAACGGCCUCUAGCCGGUCGGUUUCGCAUCCUGAUUCUGGGAUCCAAAGGCUGCGGCAAGACUGCCAUAUUGACAAGGUUCUGCAAAGACAUGUUCGCUGGCGAAGGCCAGCCACCAAACCCAGAAUACGAGCGUGGAUGCCAGCGAAAGAUUGAGAUAAAGGAGCAGACGUACGUAGUCGAUGCCCUCGAGCUGGAACCUAGUCAAUUGUCUGAAGGACAUUACCUCCGGCACGCAGUGGCCAUUACGGAGGCCGCUGUUUUGACAUACGAUGUGCGGUCUCGCGAAUCUUUCGCUCUCGCUCAAGAGCUCUAUCAACGAAUACAUGAAGCACUCGUAGUAGACGAGCGACAGUAUUACAGCAUCGUCCUCGCGGGCAACAAGGCUGACGGAGACCAAGAUAGUAGGGGCGAAAGCUACCGAAUGGUGACCGAGGGUGAAGGCUACGAACUAGCGUGCCAUUUCGGGGGAGGCAGAACACGCUGUGCAUUCCGGGAGACUUCGGCACGAACCGGCGAAAACGUAGACACGCUUUUCAUGCUCUUGGGUACAGAGCUGCUUAAGUUGCGGCAGCUCGCGCAGCAAUGCCAGGAGCAAGCCAACGAUACUCCCGAAGCCGAUGACGAACAGACCAACGGCUACAGCACAAACAAGUCACACAAGAAAAGUGCAAGAUUGCGAAUCUUGUCUCUAGUUCGACGUGCAUUCGGAAGCGUAGCCAGAAAGACCGCUAUUACUUGAAUGUGGAACAGAGUACCAUUGCACGAUUUACAUUUACUCGAUUCGCUUAUGCUAGCCUUAAGUCUAGGCGGUGGCCUGAGGAAUCGGGUCUCUGACACUAAGAUGAGGGUGUAUUCGUACAGCGAGGUGUUGGGAAACAGGAAAUAGCACUAAAUCUAUUGCGAGAACC